AUGGUCUGGAGCCUGGUGCACUUCGUGCUGCUUCUGAUGAGAUUGUGCGCAACUGGGAUAAUGUGGAGAUUCGCACAAAACAAUUUUGGCAUGGCUUCGAGUACGGUGUGCUACAAGACGAGGAUGCGGAUGCGUUUCCUGCUCACCUCAGGGCGAGCGCGGGAAUCGAAAUUGUUUCCAUGUCUGCGGCAAAUACUGCACACAAUUCUAGAACGUGUCCGUGUGCUCGGGUUUCAUUUGACGCUCAUGGACUUGCACGUGCUCCGGCAGUCUUCAGAACACGCAUGUUUUGAGGAGCAUCUCGAUUUACACAAUGCCAAUGAUGUCGCCAUAAUCUGUGUUCUUUCUAGAAGUGAUACUCACGAUGAAAGUGAAGAUGCGGAAGAGUACGCUCAGGAAAAAAGUGGAGUUCACAUCCGGACGUUACCUUCGUCUCAAACAUGUCCCAAAGUGUGGCUGCCUUUAAAGCAGCCGGGCGACGGUGUCUUGAUUCGCGGGAACAAGCACUACCAUAUAACGUGUCCUCCCCCGGACGGAGUUGAGAUUUUGAAGCUAGUUCUAUUUUGCUCGGAGGACUAG